CGGAGCGGGCGCGCGGUCACAGAGCUCGAGUCUCUCUGGGAUGAAUUGAGGCAGGCACGCAGUCAUGACGAGAAGUACGGUAUGUGCGCUCGCGGACCGCGAGUAUGGAGUAUUAUGAAAGAACAGGAGAAGGCGGCGCGGUCAUUUUCUACGUCUGAAUUCAACGGUGACAUUAAGUGCGAGACCGUGGAGUGACAGAGAGAACCGCUGCCUGAACAGCUCGCAGCUACGGGGUGUUUUGCGCAACAAUGGCAGCUCCCCGCACCUUGACACCUUGAUACAACUAUUUUCCACUCCUCUUUUCUUUUACACCUUUCUGUAUUCCCCUCCAGCCCCUGGAGCCCUCCAGUUCAGUCCCUCCUCUACCCUCCUCCCUUCCAAAUCCCCUCUUUGUUUCAAACAUGGACUCUUCUGGAGAGAUAACUGCAGCCCAGGACGGACAUCUCAACCCCAGGUGCAGCCCCGGUCGCUCUGAUCUCAGCGGACUGUACCAUCUGGGUCGGACGCUGGGCAGGGGCCACUUUGCUGUGGUUAAACUGGCUCGUCAUGUCAACACCGGCCAACUGGUGGCUGUCAAGAUGAUCGACAAGACAAAACUUGAUGUUUUGGCAACAAGCCACCUCCUACAGGAAGUGAGGUGCAUGAGGCUGGUGCAGCAUCCCAAUGUGGUUCGCCUCUACGAGGUCAUCGACACACCCACCACCCUCUACCUGGUGAUGGAGCUGGCUGAGGGGGGCGACCUCUACGACUACAUCCUCCGCCAUGAGGGAGGCGUGGCUGAGGGCACCGCCAAGCGCCAUUUCGCCCAGAUAGUGCGCGCUGUGGCGUACUGCCACCAACUCCACGUGGUGCACCGGGACUUGAAGCCGGAGAACGUGGUGUUCUUUCCCCAGCAGGGGGCGGUGAAGCUGACAGACUUUGGGUUCAGCAACUUAUUCCAACCUGGGACAAUGUUGGCCACCAGCUGUGGGUCGCUGGCGUACUCCGCUCCGGAGAUUCUGCUGGGAGAAGAGUAUGAUGCUCCAGCUGUCGAUAUCUGGUCUCUGGGGGUGAUCCUGUACAUGCUGGUGUGUGGAGUCCCUCCCUUUCAGGAAACCAACGACAGCGAGACUCUCGUCAUGAUUCUGGACUGUCGCUACUCCAUCCCCGAGCAUGUUUCAGGCGACUGCAGAGAUCUGAUCUCCAGGAUGCUCCAGAAGGAUCCCUCUCGCCGCGCCUCACUUGAGGAGAUCGAGACUCAUGACUGGCUGCAGGGGUUGGAUGACGCGCUGCUCAGCCCAGAGGCCCCACCACACUGGCUCUUGGGGGCCCUGUCUCCCAGCUCUCCCCGCUUGGGACUGCCUGAGUGUGGGGACCUGCUUGCUGCGAGGCCCCAGCCUCAGCAGGCUUUCCCUGGGCCCUGGCAGCCCAGUCUCAGCUUCACCCUUCGUCCACCUCCAGUUGAGGAGCCUCCAGCUCCCAAGAACCUGCCUGCACUGCAGCAGAUCUGUGAGGAGGAGGAAGAAGAGGAGGAGGAGGAGGAAGGGGAGGGCAGUUUGGUUGAGGGAGAAAGUUCAGCAUCUCUGAUAGAAGCAGAACCAGAGAAAGAAGCUGAGGAGACGCUUGAUGAAGCAGCUGAUCAAGUCUGCAGAGAAAAGGAAGAAAGAGAAGAAGAGCUAGGAAGCUCAGUGGAGAAACUAGAGGAGGAAGAGGAGGCAGUGGAGGACAAAGUGGAGAUAGAGAUGGAAGAAGAGAAAAACAACAGUGGGUGUGUGAUUUCAGACCAGCCAGUCAGUCACGGAGACAAGCCGGUCAGUCAGGCUCCUGAAGUCCCACCAUCAGCUCUAAGUGGUCUGGGAGUCCCCUGUUGUCAGGGGCAGCCGGACCUCACAACCACAGAGGAAGGAAAGGACGAGGAGACAGAACCCAACAACAACACCAACAAACCCCCUCCCUCCAUCCCUGCAUCCUCUGCCAGACUCAGCCUCAACCGUAAAGAGGCGCCAAAGACAGAAAGAGAAGGAGAGCAAGAGGAAAAAACGGAGGAAGGGGCAAGAGAUGACCUCUUAACAGACAGAUCGCAAACCCACAAUGCAACCGGGACCCGGGAUGAGGCUGCCCCGAGGGUGGAGCAGGGGAAACGACACAGCAUAAAGCUGCGUGAGAGACUCUUUCAGUUCCCUCUGUGUGAGAAAGCUCUGGCCUUCAACAUACCAACUCACAACAAGCCCAAGAUCCUCCCACUGGCUCAGUACAACUGCUGCCAUGUGCUGUAAGCGAAACCAGUCCUGGUGCUAUCUGCGACGUGCUGCCCCAUCACUCGGGACCCGCAGGCUGUUUAGCAUUCGGCAGGUGGCUGACUAAUGAGCACAAACCCUGUGAAGUGGCAGACCUCUGAGCUCCCUGCUGAGCGUCUCUGCUGCAGGGACCUGAAGGCAUGAGAGCAGAAAGGCCCUCAGCAUGCUAACGCCAGGUGAACAGGAUGGGAUGUGUACAGAUUCAUACCUACUAACACUCGGUUUAUAGCAUCGUGCUCACAUAAUCAACAUUGUUUUAAGCUAGAGGUGGUGUACAGCACAGUCGUCGGACUUAGUAGAACCUCAUCCAUUUGCUGCUGUGUACAGGAGCAACCAUAGAACUGCAAUGAGUAGACUUUGUCCAAUGUGUAGCUUAGAAACAAUACUGAACCUACCUGUACAGGAAAGAGGGAGACUGGAGAAAGAAAGAAAGAAAGAAAGAAAGAGACAGACAGACAGAAUGACCGCAACCGUUUUUACUGAAUAAGCUAUAGUCUGUUUUGUUCAAAAGGUGCCUACAAUGAUAAAAUGGGUUUCAUACUGUAUGUGGCCACUGUGUCGUUUGGGUUCUGACUGUAAAAAGCUCUGAGGCUCAGUGUUCUGGCACAUUCCCUCACUCAGUACAUCCAUCACUUCAUAUCUUAGAACAUGUGAAUCAGAAUAAACUUUAAACCAGCUUCUGCUACAGAGUAGCACUCAUUUCCUCUUCGCUUUGCACAAUCUGUUUCUCAUGUUGGUUUAAAAGCUCUUAAUGUAGAGACUGAGACUGUUAUGAUAUGACAUGAUAUACUGUAAAAAAUAUGCCGGAGACUGAGAUGAUGAUAUGAUUUUCUGUUCUCUUGAUCCUAAAGUCUUAUUAAUAUAUUGGCUUGUCCUAACGCACUGUAUGAUACUGUUUAUAGGACCAUUGAUUAUUGAUUGGGAUGCAGGUCUUCCAUGGUAUCUGAAUCUAUUCUUUUUGAUUAUACUGAACAUUUGAUUAAUAUUUGAUCAUAACAGUUUUAUUUUGGAUGUGCAGAUAUGAAGUUCCUUGAUUUUUUUUUUUUUUAUAAUGUCAGACAUUAAUUCUCUGAAGAGAUAUGUGACUUUGUGCAUGUUAUUACUGUUAUUUAUCACAAUAUACCUCCCUGUGUCUUGGA